UCCAAGGCGAGGGACGGAAAUGUCCGACGACCCGGAAACGUUGCUCUUGGAGGGUGACGAAGAUGGCGUGGAAUUGCUGUUCUCGGGUCUGGUUUCGACAGGAGUUAUGGUGUGGUGGGACCCGGGUAUCGAGGUCUCCCCUGUAUUCGCAACAGAGAAAUGGAUUCAGAAAACAAGCACAGAAGACUGAUCCCCAGAGGUCUAACUCAGAAGUUAGUAGCAAGCCACAAAGAAGUGUUUUGUCUCCUGCAGCAGAAGAUCCAGUCUUUCAAACAUCUGCCCGUUCAGUGAAGAAGCUUGUAAAGCCAUUUUGCUUUGCAGUUGGGUUUUCAGGCUUUGCUUUUGGAUCAGCUGCUAUUUGGCAAUAUGAAGCUGUUAAAUUCAAGGUUGAAAAUUAUUUCCAAGAUACUCGCGCAGACUGGAUGGAUAAGAUGCGACCACAGAAAGGACUGAGCUUCAGAAAACAGAUUAACCUGUGGUGGAAUAGUCUGAGCAAGGGGCAACGUGCUGUGUCAGGCAUUAUAGCUUCAAAUGUCUUAGUAUUCUGUUUAUGGCGGAUACCUUCUUUGCAGCGAAUAAUGAUCACAUAUUUCACAUCGAAUCCAGCUUCUCGAGUUUUGUGCUUUCCCAUGCUGCUGUCUACAUUUAGUCAUUUUUCAUUUCUGCACAUGGCAGCCAACAUGUAUGUUCUGUGGAGCUUUUCAACGAGUAUAGUCUCUCUUUUGGGACGUGAGCAAUUCAUGGCAAUGUAUCUCUCUGCAGGGGUUAUUUCCACAUUUGCUAGUUAUGUUUGCAAGAUGGCCACAGGAAGAUUCGGACCAUCACUUGGAGCUUCAGGUGCUAUAAUGACCGUCCUUGCAGCGGUAUGUACGAAGAUGCCAGAAGCCAAGUUAGCCAUUAUAUUUCUUCCAAUGUUCACAUUUACCGCUGGAAAUGCUUUAAAGGCCAUUAUUGCAAUGGACACCGUAGGACUUGUUUUGGGUUGGAAAUUCUUUGAUCAUGCAGCACACCUUGGGGGAGCCCUGUUUGGCAUCUGGUAUGUACUAUAUGGGAAUAAACUUAUAUGGAAGAACAGAGAACCACUUGUGAAGAUUUGGCAUGCAGUGAGGACUAGCGGCCCAAGAAAAUGAUGUGAGGCUUGUGUUUGCUGCGGUUUUAGAAGAUACGUGGACAGGAAUGGUGUGCUACUUUAAAGAUGAGUCAUCGCAUUACUACACAGAAAGUAUUGGGAUCUUUAGUUCUAACUGAAUAACCUACACUUGAAACAUAACAUUUUUGGUAUAUGUGACAGAGUUGAACCAAUACAGAUUUAUAUCUUAUUGCUUUAUGAAAAGCAAGUCUGUAUAAUUCCCCAGCUUAUUUUGGUAUUAAAAUGAAAUUGGAUCAGUG